CUGCGCUUGUUUCAGUCGGCGCCGGUGUAAGGUUUUUUUGUAAUCCUUGGUAUCUUGUUGUUUGGUAAUUUUAAGAAUGCGUCCUACCCGACGUCAGUCAUAUAUUCGUGAACAGUGUCCCGAUUUAGAUAUGUCAACUAAAUCUAUCACGAGUACUGAUCCUAACCAGUCUGGUUCAUUAUUGCCUGCUCAGUCACCUGUUCAAUUAAGAAAACGUGGUCGGCCAAGUAACAGGAAGUUAGUUCAUUUUAAUCAGAAUUCAUCAAAUGGAUCAUCUGAUCCUAAACAUAUCAAUAAUAAUUUUGAAGAAAAUUCAUCAACCAAUGAAAAUCAAAGAUAUUUUAUCAAUAAAAAAAUGAAUCAAUCCACUUUAUAUUCUUCAAGUUCAGAUGAUUCAAAUUUACAUUAUCCACAUCGUGUAUUACGUCCACGUAGAUCAACAUCAAAUUAUUAUCCACAAAGAAAAAGACGAAAACAUUUACGUUGUGAAAUAAGUAAAAAAUCAUUAUCUACUCAUCGAAAUAUUCAAUAUAAUGUACAAACUAAUUCAUUACAUGAUAAUUUAUCCAUUAACAUUAAACCAUGUACACAUUCAAUAAAAGUUGAAGAAGAUCAUAAUAAUGCUAUGCUUGAAGAUGAUGAUGGUGUAGAUGAUGUUGAUGAUGAAGAGGAAGAUGAUCAAGAUGAACAACAAACAAGACGUUAUCCAGUACGUAAUCGUAAGAAUACUAUUGUUUACCAGGUUGAAAAUUUGCAGAAUAAUCAUAGUAAUAGUAACAAUCAUGGUGUUCAACAACAUCAAAGAAACUGGUUAGCCGGUACAGGUUAUCAUAAAGAAAGACGAUCACGUCAAUUGAAAUCCAAGCAUCGUAAAAAUUUAGAACAUUGUGGUUCAAGUAGUAGUAGUACAUCGUCUUCUUCAUCAACAUCAUCAUCAAGAUCUCAUAUUUCUGAUAGAUUAUUCUGUAAUCGUAAUAGUUGGCAUAAUCGUUGGCAUUGUUCUUCCACUAAAGAGAAUAAUGUUCCAUUAACAGUUGAUAAAGAUGAAAAACGUUUUCAACGUCGUAUUAAUAAAAGUAUUAUACAUGCUAGAUCAGAGCUUAUGCCUAUAAACAGUCAUCAACUUGGUUAUGAAAAUAAAUCCACGGCAGGAAAUCGAAGUUUUUCUACAACUUGCUUGGCAGAUAUCGAACCAAUGUCUAUUGAUUCAUCUGUCGGCUUCGAACAAGUUGGGGGUCAUGAAAAACAUAUAUUAGCAUUGAAAGAAAGUAUAAUUCUACCGCUAAUGUAUCCCGAAGUGUUUUCAAAAUUCAAUGUAGAUCCACCUCGUGGUGUACUGUUUUCAGGACCUCCAGGUACUGGUAAAACACUGUUAGCCAGAGCUCUUGCAAAUGAAUGUAGUCGUUUAGCUCAAGGUAGCAAUGAUAAUAAUAAUAAUAAUACCGUAAAACAACGUCGUCCUAUUGCGUUUUUUAUGCGUAAAGGAGCAGAUUGUUUAUCUAAAUGGGUUGGUGAAUCUGAACGUCAAUUAAGAUUACUAUUUGAUCAAGCGUAUCGAAUGCGUCCUUCUGUAAUUUUUUUCGAUGAAAUUGAUGGUUUAGCUCCUGUUCGAUCUUCGAAACAAGAUCAAAUUCAUUCCAGCAUUGUUUCCACUCUCCUCAGUUUAAUGGAUGGUUUAGAUAAUCGUGCUGAAGUUGUGAUUAUUGGUGCAACAAAUAGACCAGAUGCUAUUGAUCCGGCCUUACGACGUCCUGGACGAUUUGAUCGUGAAUUCGUAUUUACAUUACCAACAGAGGCAGUUCGACGUCGUAUACUCGAUGUGAUUACUGCAAAAUGGGACUCAAAACCAGAUUCAUUGUUACUUGAUCAAAUUGCUGCAGCAACGAUCAAUUUCUCCGGUGCUGAUCUCAAAGCAUUAACUACAGAAGCAUGUUUAUGCUGUCUACGUCGAUGUUAUCCUCAAGUAUAUAGUAGUCAGGUGAAAUUAGCUUUGGAACAUAAAUAUUUAGUGGUCUCUCAUUCUGAUUGGUUUGAAGCAUUACAAAUUGUUCAUGCAUCAAGUGAACGUUUUGAUAGUGAUGUAUCAGCUUCAAAUUUAACACCAUCAACAAAUGCAUUAUCUUCUACUAUACGUACACCAUUAUCCCCGACAUUAGCCAAGUUAUUAUCACAUCAUGUUAAUAAAAUUGUAAAUUAUAUAACACGAAUAUUAUUAUUGACCAAUUCAAGAAAGUUUGGUUCCUUGAGUAAUAAUAAUAAAGAAUUAUCAUCAUCAUCACCGUCAUCAUCAACAGGGAUUGUAUAUGAUAAUGUUUCAUCGUGUAUUAUCAAAUCGAAAUUAUUCAUUCAUGGUAAUAUAUCUGAAAUUAUUAUGAAUGCUGUAUGGCAUAGAUUAGAGGCAUUACAUGUAUUCACACUUAAUUUGGCCAAUCUAUUUGCAUUCCCUACAAGUCUUGGAAUGUGUCCAGAAGCGGCUAUUGCACAAAUUAUCUCCUCUAUACGACGUACAUUAAAUAGUUCUUCUUUAACAACAUUCAACAUGAAAUCUCAAUUAAUCAAUGGAAUUGUUAUUGUUUAUCUACCAUCAAUUGAUGUACUUCUUCAUAGUUUACCACAAUUAACUGCUUCUUAUCUUGUUGAUAGAUUAAAUGCAUUAGUAGAUGAAAUCAAUUGUGAAUUGAAUUAUAUUCCUUCAACACUCAACAAUUCUGAUCAUUUAGAGGGCUCUUUAAACAACAACAACAACAACAAUAAUAAUAAUAAUCGAUUACAAUAUGCUACCAUGAAAACUUCACGUCGAUUAAUCAUUAUUGGAACGUGUACAAAACCACAACAACAAUAUUCUAAUUGUUUCCCUCCAAGAAUUGUUCCACCUGUUAACAUAGAAAAACCUAAUUCACCUAUUAAACAGUGCAAUAAUAAUAAUAAUACGAGUACAACCCAUGAUAAUUGUGUAUCAAUAUUUCCUAAUUUAAUUGGAAAAUCAAAUGAUGUAAACUGUCGAGUCACUAGUGGUAUGAAUCUCAUCGAUAAAUCUAUAUCAUCAUCACCACAUUCAUUGCAUUUAAGAUCUUCACCAUCUUCGAUCGUUCCCAAUACAAUGCAUAAUAAUAAUAAUAUUAAUAAUGAUUUUAGUGGUAAUACUACUAAUAAUAAUGGUACUACUACUGUUGGAUUGAAUGAACACUUAAUGAAAUAUACAUAUGACCAUGAUUUAAAUAGUAUUAAAUUUCAAUUUACUAUUCAAUUACCAGAAUGUCAUAAAUCAUUAUCUAAUGCUAAAAUGAAUUCUUACAUCACACCAACAUCAUUAAUGAAUACAGAUUUUAUUACAGAUAAUAAAGGGAAUACUACUACUAUUCAUGAUACUACUACUACUAAUAACAAUAAUGAUACUACUCAUAAUUACUUAUUGGAUUAUACAGAUUUAGAUAAUGAUUAUUUAAAAAAUAUUGAUAAUUCAUUAUAUAUAAAUCAUAUAUUACAUAAAAUAUUCAAUAGUAAUCAUACAGAAUUUAUGCAUUUAGAAUUACCUAAUAAAGAGGAAAGAUUAGCAUUUUUUACAUCAGUUAUUAUUAAAUGGCCUCAAUUAACAUCAAUGGAAUUAUUAGAUAUACGUGAUAAUAAAUCGAUUAUUCAACAAUUAUCUAAUACACAAAUACCUAGUCCACAACCAGCUGUUGAAAAAGAUGAUGAUGAUGUUUCCGGAAAGUAUAUGAAAGAUCGUUAUCCAGUAAAUCUUUCCCCUGAAGAAUUAGCUAUUAUUGAAUCUAGGGAAAUGCAAUUAUUUCGUCGUCUUCGACAAAUUCUACGUAGAGUUGUUGCACAUUUAGCAAGUUUUCGUCGUUUCACCGUAUUCACUAGACCAGUUCAAUUAGAUGAAGCACCGGAUUAUUAUGAUGUUAUUAAACAACCAAUGGAUUUAGGUCUUAUACGUGAUAAAAUUGAUUCACAUCAAUAUACUAACGUAACUGAUUUCAUGAAGGAUGUAGAAUUAGUCUAUCUGAAUGCAUUGGAAUAUAAUCCACCGAAUAUACCACGAAGUCGAGAUAUUCGUUCUAGGGCAUCUGAAUUUUGGGAUGAAGCAUGUUUACGCAUGGAAGAAGAAUUGCAACCUGUUGAUUUGAAUGAAUUAUGUGAAGAGGCAACUCAAGCACGUGCAGCACGUUUGUCUCAUGCCCAACUAACUAAAACUUCUUCGACCUCGGUGAGUCAUUCAAAAGUCAAAGGAUCAGAGCAUCAGUGCUUCAAGGGGACGGAUCAAACAUCUCAAGGGACUGGUGUGAAGCCAUCAUUACCUCUUCCACAAGGUUAUCGUUAUAGUCGGAGGUUGCAUGGUGAAUCACCUAUUCUAGAACUCAGUGAUAUUCUUCAAUUACAGUCAUCGAACAGGCGUCGUCGUACGACUUCAUCUAAUUCUUCUUUAAAAAGUCCAUCAAAGUUACAAUCAAGUGAAUUAGACUGUGAUAUUGAUACAUGGUCAUCUCCCGGACCUACUUUGAUAAAAUCAUUUGAAGAAAAUGAAUCUGAACCUUCUCAAUUGACAUCUAAUGAACAGUCGUCAAAUUUAUUUAAAUCACCACUUUCUGAAGAUUCAUAUCAUCGACCACGAUCCAGUCCAAAAUCUCAUGAUGAUCAAUUAUUUAAUCGAACACCAUCACCUACUCUUAAUAUUACUGCCAAUACUAAUACUAGUACUACUACUCCUACUCCUAUUCCUACUAGUACUUGUACACCAAUCCAAGUAGAUUUGAAAAAGUUAAAUCAUUUCCUUAAUGAAAUUGUUCUACAAACUGAUGGUUGGCCAACAUUACAACUGAUCAAUUUACAUACAGAUUUUUCUAAUUUAAUAUUUUGUAAAUAUGCACAUGUUACUGAUAGAAUGUCAUUGUCAGAUGAUUUUGAGAAGAUAUUUGCAAUUUAUCAAAAUGCACACUUCUAA